AUGCCGCGUAGAACACAUACAAAGUCGCGCAAUGGCUGCUUGGAAUGCAAGCGGCGCCAUAUAAAAUGUGACGAGAAACAGCCCAUAUGCUCCAAUUGCCGCUCUUCGGAACGCUCAUGCGAAUACGCGGACCGGUUCAUUCGCGCGACGCGCUCCCAAUCCAGCAAAUCAUCAACCCCUUCGCCUGCUGGCCCAGUGCCAGAUGAACUUCCCUUGGGCCGGCUUGCAGACCCGAAUUAUCCUUCUGACAAUCCACCGGUCAAUAUGCUUCAUGCUGAGCUUUUCUUCAACCUCACUCAGUGUACUCUUCGCUCACUCGGUGAAGGGGAGACUGUGUGGAUAGGUUCCGCGGAUGUGAUGCGAAUUGUGAUCGCGACGCCUUAUCUCAUGAAUGCAGUGCUUGCUAUGAGUGCUUUGCACUUGAGCAUAGUGCGUUUGAAAGACCGAGAGCAGUACCGACGCCAUGCAGCUCAGCUACAAACACAUGCGUUGGGGAUUCACAAUCAAAUGCGCCUCGACGUUAACAAGGAAACCUGCGUUCCAUUAUUUCUUUUUUCCUGCAUUCUCGGCAUGCACACACUCUGCGACGUUUUAGUCCACCGGGAAGAUGGUUGCUUUGACGAAUUCCUUGAGAGGUUCAUACACUGUUUCAGACUUCAACUUGGCAUUCGUGUCGUGAUUUCCGGCCCUACAUGGCACAUACUCCGGGAGUCGGUCUUGAAGUCACCACUUCAAAAAGGGGAAAUCAUGUUUGAUUGGAACACCGAACUGGGACCCAACUGCGCGAGACUCUUGGAGCUCAUAGAAGCGGCUAAAUUGGGUGAUACGAUCACGUCCACUUAUCGACAUGCUGUCCAGGCCCUGCAAGUUUCCAUCAAUGCAGCCAUUGGUAGCUCGGUAAAUAGCGUUAGCGGUGUUACCGGCUGGUCCGUUAUAGUUAACCCCGAGUACGUCGAACACUUGACACUACGACGACCCGAAGCACUGGUGAUUCUGGCACAUUACGCUGUUCUUCUCCAUUGGCAUCGGCACCUAUGGCUGUUUGGCGAUGGUGGCCGGUUCAUGAUCGAAUCUAUCAGUCGUUAUUUAGGACCGGACUGGGAGGAGUGGUUGGACUGGCCGAACCGGGCCUUGAAGGAACCUAAUCCAAAAUGUACUAAUAUAUAG